GCUGAAGGGUCACCGGCGCUUGCUCACCGAGCGCGUGAAUGCGAUGACUCGACCACAGGAAUCUGGGGUAGCUUCGACUCAGCCGGUGAAUUAAGUCUUUGGGCGCCCUGACGCAUUCCUCAUGAUCCGGUGAAGUCAUCGUCUGUUGGGUCCUACGUUCUCGACAUCAGUCACCACGAGGGCGCCUCGCAAGGUUGCCGACAAUGACCAGCAAGCCAUCCAAGCAAUUACCGCACGAGAGGCGGAAAGGCGAAGCCGCGCUCAGCGACUUCGCCGAGUACGUUGAGAAGCAGCAGGCGCUGCGCUACCCCAGCCGCAAAGCACCGGCAGCGACAGCGACCAAGACUGCCCAGGUCGAGAUCGAGCACCACGAAGAGCUGGACGACAUUCUCGACAGCUUGGAUCUCUCCGACCCGACCCCCCGUGUGAGGUUACGAGAGCUCUUGCUCUCACAGAGCGGUGACGGCGACGCUCUCCAGAAACUGGUCGAUGUUGUGAAGGAGAGGCUAUUGGAGGGCCAUGGCGAGGCUGUCUUCGAUAUCGGUUUCGAGAACAACGGCGAGAGCAUGAAGCUGACCCGUGACGAGUGGGACGUGGCGUCCAGGCGGCUAGCCGAGGCGGCCAAGAAGCUGCGGGCUGACACCCAGCUAUUGCUGACCAAAAAUGUGGGCGGCGAGCUGGACGGGACCCCGACUAAGGACGGAGACUGCAGCGGCAAGUUCAUGAUUCGCCAGGCUCCAGCCACGGUUGAGGACGUGAUCGAGACGAGGAUAGCGGUUGUUGGGAAUGUGGACGCCGGGAAGAGUUCCAUGCUAGGGGUGCUUGUCAAGGGCGACCUUGAUGAUGGUCGAGGAAAGGCGCGAGUCAACCUCUUCAGGCACAAGCACGAGAUCGAGACGGGACGGACGUCAUCCGUUGGGAUGGAGAUCAUGGGCUUCGAUACCACCGGCCAGGUCGUGGUCUCCGAUACGCCCGGGCGCAAGCUAUCAUGGGAGGAAAUCGGGAAGCGCAGCGCCAAAGUCAUCACUUUCACUGACCUGGCGGGCCACGAGCGUUACCUGCGCACCACCGUUUUUGGGCUCUUAUCCAGCAGCCCGAAUUACUGCUUGCUCAUGGUCGCGGCCAACAACGGGCUCAUUGGGAUGAGCAAAGAGCACCUCGGCAUCGCGCUUGCGCUGAACGUCCCGGUUAUGGUGGUUAUCACCAAGAUUGAUAUCUGCCCGCCGCAAAUUUUGGAGCAGACUAUUACGCAAAUCACGCGCAUACUCAAGAGCCCGGGGGCAAGGAAGAUACCCAUCUUCAUAAAGAACCAUGAAGAGUGCAUCAACACGGCCACCCAGUUUGUCAGCCAGCGAAUAUGUCCAAUCUUCCAAGUCUCGAACGUGACGGGUGAAAACUUGGAUCUGGUCCGUUCUUUCCUCAACAUUCUCCCGCACCACGGCCGUUACGAUGCCGAUGCUCCGUUCGAGUUCCAUGUCAACGACACCUUCAGCGUUCCCCAUGUCGGGACCGUUGUUUCGGGCAUCGUAAAAUCUGGUGUGAUCCAUGCGGGUGAUGACGUCCAGAUCGGACCCGAUUCUCUAGGACGCUUCACGCAGACCUCGAUUCGCUCCAUCGAGAGGAAAAGAAUAGGCGUCCCCGCCGCAUCGGCGGGCCAGUCUGCCUCGUUCGCUCUGAGGCGGAUACGAAGGAAAGACGUACGCAAAGGGAUGGUGGUCCUCUCCAAGUCCGAUGCGGCACCGCCGAAGGUCUACCGCGAGUUUGUCGCCGAGGUCCUUAUUUUGUCGCAUGCAACAACCAUCAAGACCAAGUACCAGGCCAUGUUGCACGUCGGUCCGGUCUCCCAGACCUGUGCCAUCAUCGACGUCGACCGGCCCUUUAUCCGAACCGGGGACCGAGCUACGGUUGCUUUCCGGUUUAUCCAGCGGCCUGAGUACCUGGCGCCCGGCGACCGCCUUCUGUUCAGGGAGGGCAGGACAAAAGGUCUUGGGAUCGUCAAGAGCGUCGGCUACGACCCUUCGAAGCCCCUCAUGCCGAAACAGCCCGAGAGUGCCGCGAAUGAUGGAGAGAGGGCCCUCGAGCCGGGCGCUCAAGCCGGGAAAGAUGACAACGGAUUUUCAGACACGAAAGUCGAAGCUUGAUGCAGGAGGUUUGUGGUGGGGAAGUGUGGCAUGGCCAUUGCCGAGAGGCAUACAAUGAUGGGGUAUUGUUGAGCUUGCCACCCCUUUCUUUUCUUCCAUUUCUCUGAGCUGUUCAUGGGACCUCGAGGAGGUCAAUCGGUACGAAACCGCGGUUAUGACUUGCGUGGUUGGGUGGCGUUUCGGUCAUUUUCAGUUUCAUUUGCUUGCCGCUGCUGCCCUGAGAGGUUUUUUUGGCUG